AUGGCGCGUGCCACUGCGCCACGCGCUCGUCACGCUGACGCCCAGCCCCCCCCAUCGGGCUACGAUGAUUUUAUGGAAGAAGAUGGAAGUACUUAUGAUAGCGAUGCCUCGGGUUCUUCCGCCUUUGAUGAAUACGAGCCGGACGAGGGCCCCGCGCCUCCGGCCUCGCUGCCCGAGGAAGAUGAACUCGCUGAUAUUGAACAAGAGGAUUUCACGCGUCUGAUUCAUGCCUUUCAGGACACUCCUUCCACGAAGCAGACGCCGUCGACUCAACGCAAUGCAUGGAAACAGUCGAUGGAGGCGGAGAUGGAAUCGUUCCACCACGAGUUGCGCGAUGUGAAUGGGCACGUCUCACUUUCGCUGACUCAGGCAACGCGCAUUCGUGAGCAGGCGCUUUCCUCUGAAGUCAAGGCGCUGCUUGCUCAGGCCAACAUCUCCUACGUGGAGUCGAAUCUGCCACGCGCCAUUGAGCAGCUAGAAGAAGUCAUUCGUAUCGAGCCCACGGUGAAAAGUGCUUGGUAUACAUUGGGCAUGUGCUUUGAGGAGCUUGGGGAAGAGGAAAAGUCGAUUCAAUGUCGUAUCGUUGGCGCACACCUUACGUCCAAUGCCUCUGAGGAGUGGAAAUCCCUCGCUCGCCGAAGUCGCGAGCGCGGUCUCUUCCAACAAUCUAUUUACUGCUUGCAACAGGCGAUUAAGAAAAACCGGUUUGAUGUGGAUGCGAUAUGGGAUCGCGCUAUCAUGCUGAAAGAGUCAGGACGCCUGCGGCCUGCGGUGGAUGCCUUUCAAGCGAUUUUGAAACUACAGCCAUAUGACGCAGAAGUUCUCCGUGAGUUGAUUCCGCUCCUUGUAUCCUUAAAUGAGUACGAGGUGGGCGUGAACAUUCUUGAGGGCAUGCGCCGUGCAAGCAUGCACGGCGCGGUGGAUCCGAACAUCGACCCGGCUCUGGGAGGGGACGCCGUGCCAGAUUCACAGGUUCACUUUUCUUUGAACGAGCUAGUGACACUGGCCGAUCUGCUUUUGCUUAUGCGCAGACCCUUGCAAGUCAUUCUUGUUAUUAAGCAAACGGUCCGAUGGCUUCGUGGCGAGACGCGCGAAGACCGCCUCGAUGACGCACAGAACGACUUGGAACUGGAUGAGGCUGUGGAUGGUGAGGUACAGGAACUCGACCGAGAAGUCCGCCUUCGUCUGGGUAAGGCGCGCUUCGUGCUGAAGUGUAACGAGGAGGGUAAACGCCACUUCAACAUCAUCGCCGAGGAGUCGGAUCCACUGGACUACCCCAUUCUGUAUCUUGAAAUGUCCGAUUGCUAUUUCGAGCACCAGAUGUUCGCAGAGGCCCUAGAAGGGUACAAACUUUUGAUCGACGAGGGCCUUGUGGAAGAUAUACAGGUCUGGGUUCAUAUGGGUGCAUGCUAUCAAAACCUAGAUAUGCCAUGGGAGGCCGUGCAAGUGUAUGAGUUGAUAUUGCAAGAACAUCCGUCCCACCACGACGUAAAGCUGAGUCUUGCUGAAGUAUAUGAAGAGUUGAAUGAGCGCGAUAAGGCGCUCGAUCUCGUGAAUGAGGUGCUGGUUGCUCGGAGCGAACUGCGCGAGGGUCCUGCAGAAUCAAGCGCGCAAGGCCACCCAGACGGUAAUGUCAUUGAGCUAGAAGCGCCUGCCUCCUUGUCAUUCUUUAACGAGUCAGCGCUCGGGCCAUCGUCAGGUACUUCCCAAGGUGCCUCUCGCGCCGCUCGCUCUAACAUGACGUUUGUCGAACGACAGCGUCUGGAGCAGCAGCGCGAGGAGGAAACGCGCUUGGCAUGGGUGCAACUUUGCGCACUCGAGCCCAAGGUUUUUGUGGAUGGAUUUUGGCGGCAUGACUUUGUCUUUCUCGAUGGACCCAUCGAUGCAGACUCAGCUAGCUCUAGUCACGCCGAUUCGGACCGCUUCGAAGCAACGCGACAGUGGAUCAAAGUCGCAGGCCGGCUCAUCGACUCGUUCCGGUCCAUGUCGCUGCUGUUUCCCAAGGAACGAUAUACAAAGUACCGCGGCGUCCUCCGACAGCGGCGCACAAGACGCAUUAACAAACCUUCUGAUCUCGACAGUCAAGCUGAGGAGCUACUUUCACGUUUGCGUGACCAGAUGGUGGAUGAGGCCGUGUCCCAUGAAGACGACGUGCGGGAUUUGGAACAGACAACCUUCCGCACGAUUCAUUUUGAUGACUGGAUUUCACUGUUUAUGAAAUAUGGCAUUGCGCUGGCCAAAGUGGGCGGUGAAGAUGACGCCAUCCAUGAAAUGUUUCAACACGUCAUGGUCUCCAACACGGCAGCAUGCGCACUAUACUCUCGUGAUAUGGCACGUGUGUUUGACAUUGCCCGCUGGUUUCCGACCACGUACCAAUUCCACAAUGAGCCGCUGCGCCUUAUCGCUUCCCUGUCUAACAGUCUUGGCUUUUACAGCGUGGAUGCAUUUGUGAGCUCUACUAAUACAAAGCAAUACCAGCGUCGCAUGCGCACGCAUGAAGCGAUUGUGCAUGGCCUUCCCGCUAAAGUCAACCCACGCACUGGUCGCUGGACGAUUGUAGGUGUGGAUGCUGAAGAAGAGCCAAUCGAGGACGAAUCUUUACAUCAGAUCAGGGCACAGCCACCACCGACGUGUCCUUCCCCUAUCGAAGAGAUAUUUUAUGGCUAUCUGAUGCUCUGUGCUAACAGCUAUCAGCCAGCCAUGGGAUAUCUUUUCAGAGCCUGGGCACUUCAGCCAGAGGACCCACUUUUGUGCUUGCUGUGCGCUGUAGCAAGUCUGAGUCGCGCAACCAACCGGCAAGUGGACAACCGAAACCACACAAUCGUACAAGGAUUGAGUAUUUUGUCGCACUAUGCUGCACUCCGUGGGCCGUGCUCGGAGGUGGACUACAACUUCGGCCGUGCACUACAUCAGCUAGGGUUGCUCCAUCUGGCCGUUCCGCGCUAUGAGCGCGUGCUUGAGAAUGCAUCGAAGGGCUCUUCCGUUGGAUUCACCAUGGUCCGAGAGGCUGCUUACAACCUAGCCCUCAUAUAUGCCCAGUCCGGCUCCCCCAAACUGGCCCAGAACGUAGUCCGUACGUACCUCGUAGUGUAA